AUGGCUUGUGAUGACCCCCGUGAGGCAUCGGAAACAAGUUACUUCCAACGUCGGCGCACAACGUGUCGACGCGCAAUGCUGGGACCGACGGAAGUAUUCACGCCCGAUGAGUGGGCGGGCUUGCCUCCUAGAAGCAACGAAGACGAUACGCAGUUCUUGGAAGUCGUUGAAGGCAAUGCGGCAUCAUGGGGGAAGGACGAAAUCCGCAGCAGAGGCUUGAGCGCCCGACCCGAGCGGAAUUUACGGCAGAAGCGCAGACAAGCUCUCGCUCUCGUGGGGUUUGGUAUACUUGCACUCACUUUUGCAAUCCUCCGUUGUGCGAUCAAAGGUAUCCCUAGUAGGAAGGCGGGUGGUGACGUGAGGUCUCUUGUUGGGCCGAAGCGGGUAGACGCGCCGGCGGCUUGCUUGGGGGACGGAGGUGAUUGGUUUGAAGGGCGAGGUGCGCCUGAUGCAAAACUCUCAGAACAGGAGUUACAGAAGAAAGCUUCUGGCUUUAUGAACUCUUUAUUGACGAUUGUGAAGUCCAACGAGCCUGUUUUGGUUCGAAUCCCCAUGCAGACCCGAAGCAAAGUUCUCUCUCUCCUCCUCACCCUUUUUGUGCAGGAGUUGGCCGCAUUAGCAUCUGUGAUAGGCGAGGAUUCAAGGGCUGCUCUAGUGCACACGGUUGGCGAGGUAAGCAUGAUAACGUGCCGCCUAGGAACGACAAUUACUAGGAGGAAGGGAGGCGUUUGUUCGCGCCGCCUUCAGCUUUACCUCUCCAGUAUCCUCCGCCGCCUUGAGCUGUCAGGACCUCAAGGUUCCUUUUUGCCUCCCACUGAGCGCCUUCAGAAGCUACACGAGCUGCUCCUUUUGCAAGAGGCGAUGCUGGAAAACCUCAGCGUGGCGUUCAACAAACUUACUAGACUGCUCUCUUCCGGGUGCGAUCCCGAUGAUGCUGGUUUGAUCGCGACGACAGCUAGGCUUGGGGACUUGCUGCACAUUAGGAAGAAACACAUACUCAGUGACCCUCUGCUCAGCCGGUGGCUACUUGAACGCGAAAAUCAAGGCAAACGUUUUGGCGUUGCCUCGCCAGGGUAUAUCACUCAACUUAGGCUUCGGAAACGCCCGACUGUUGAAAAGAUGCUCGAGGAACUGACGACUCUUUUAUCCGUAAGGGGAAAACAGCACACAGCAGGACAGCACUGUGCACGCGUUGUAAAGGCAGAGGAUCGCACUGCGGAACAUGAUGAGCCGCCGUCUGAGGAAGCGGAAUUGCAGGAAGUGGAAGAGUCCACAGUUUCCUCUGGGCAUCUGCUGGAGUCUGGGCACGUUAGUCAGGAGCCAAGCUUCUUGGGCCAGGCUGUCAUUCCAAGCCAUCCAGUGCCAGCUGCUUGGUAUGAAGGUUGGGGAUUUGGGUAUUCCAAGCAAUUCUCAUACGAUCCAGAACUGCCUAGUAGCGAAUGGUCUGCGGUGGAUGCAAGUACCUUGGCGGGAGCCUACGGUCCCCCAGAACCAAUGCAGGAAGGUUUCUUCAGCUCAUCGUUGAGAGAGCCUGUGCCCAUGACAGUAGGGCAGCAGAACAGUGUGGAAGAGACUAUUUCCAACCCUUUCAGUUUGCCUGACAUCUUCGGCAUCAUGAGAAACAGCUUUGAGGAGCUGAGGCUUGUUUUGAAUGAUCGUGGCGGCCGUUUGCUUCCGAUGGCUUCGUAG